UCUGUUGUUUGACUGAGCCUCUGCUGUAUCCUCCUGUGAGGCCUCGUCUCCCACCUCACACCAAACAUCUGCCCUUGUGUUCAGACAAGUUUCAAGUCUUACAUGUUGAAUGUGAAGCGUUUGUUAGACUGUGAUCCAGUCGGAUCUUCACCUUUGAAACAUUUGAACCCUGUAACACGAGUGUAACCUGUUCACCGCGUGCAGCUGCAGACACAGGGUUGUGUUCUUCUCACUGUGGAUAAAAACAACAUUCGUUCUUCUGACUUGUGGGGAGGGAGAGAAGCAAAUGAGCGGGGCAGAAAAAUCCUCUCUGUUUUGGCAGCGUUUAGAGUGGACAGGUUAUCAGCGGGUUUGACUUGUAGCGAUAUAUAUCUGCUCAUCCUCACAGACGGUGAACAAAGCCCUGGUUAUUCAUUAUUACCCAGCUCAUUUCACAAUGGAAGAUUUAACCAGUGCAUGUGCGGGAGUCAGUGGACGGUCCAGAGCAGACGAGUCCCCCUCUCCUGCUGCCGGGCACGGCGGCGUUGACUCAUGCUGCGGAUCCUGCAUCACACGCUGGAUACCAGUGGACUACAAGAAUGAAACCAUUCACUUCCUUAAACUGGCCGGACCUGUGAUCAUCUCACAGUUGAUGAGUUUCCUGAUCGGCUUCGUCAGCAUGGUGUUCUGUGGUCACCUGGGCAAAACUGAGCUGGCCGGUGUGGCUUUAGCGAUCGCGGUGAUAAACGUCACGGGCAUUUCCAUUGGCAGUGGCUUGGCAUCUGCGUGUGACACGCUCAUAUCUCAGACGUACGGCAGUGGUAACCUGAAGCGUGUCGGGGUGAUUCUGCAGCGCGGCGUGUUGAUCCUGCUCUUGGCCUGUUUCCCCUGCUGGGCCGUCCUCAUUAACACUCAGCCAAUUUUACUGGCUGUGAGGCAGAGCGCAGAUGUCGCCAGAAUCUCGCAGCUGUACGUGAAGAUCUUUAUGCCGGCUCUGCCUGCUGCCUUCAUGUACCAGCUGCAGGGGAGGUAUCUGCAGAAUCAGGGCAUCAUGUGGCCACAGGUGAUAACCGGAGCCAUGGGGAAUAUUUUAAAUGCAAUAAUAAACCACGUCUUCCUCGGUCUUCUAGACAUGGGGGUUGCUGGAUCUGCAGCUGCUAACGCCAUCUCCCAGUAUUCUCUGGCCGUGUUCUUGUUUGUGUAUAUCUGCGUCAGAGGUCUGCACAAAACCACAUGGGAUGGUUGGUCCCGAGACUGUCUGCAGGAGUGGGGAUCGUUCCUGCAGCUGGCCGUCCCGAGCAUGUUGAUGUUCUGUCUGGAGUGGUGGUUGUACGAGAUCGCAGGUUUCCUCGCAGGCGUGGUCAGUGAGGUGGAGUUAGGGGCUCAGUCUGUCGUGUAUCAGCUGGCUGCUGUCGUUUACAUGUUUCCGAUGGGCUUCUCUGUCGCCGCCAGCGUCCGCGUGGGAAACGCUCUCGGUGCUGGGAACACAGAGCGAGCCAAACUGGCCAGCAGGGUCUCCGUCGCUGGUGCAUGUGUCGUCUCGUGUGUCAUUGGAAUGUGUCUCGGUUUGUCCAAGGAUGUCAUCGGUUAUAUUUUCACCACAGAGAAAGACAUUAUUCAGAGGGUGGCUGACGUCAUGAAGAUUUAUGGUGGCAUCCACGUUGCUGAGGCCAUCGCGGGUGUGACGGGAGGAAUCGUCAGAGGAGCAGGAGAGCAGAAAGUGGGCGCUGUGUGUAAUCUGGUGUGUUUCUACUUCAUCGGGCUCCCCAUCGGAGUGUCCCUCAUGUUCCCGCUCAAAAUGGGGAUCGUAGGAGUGUGGUUCGGGUUUUUAAUUUCUGUUUCCAUACAAUCUGUAUUCUUCUUAAUCUUUCUAUGCAAACUAAACUGGAAGAAAGCCACCAAGGAGGCUCUGGUGAGAGCAGGAGUUCACCAGAGUGAGCAGAAGAUCUUUGGGAUAGAAAAUACAGUGCUGGAUUGUGAUGAGGAACAAAGUCACACAAAGAGCAGUCGGUCCUCUUCAGAGAAUCUGGAGGUCGCUGCUGUCGGUCAGCAGACUUCCCACGACCGCGUUCUCUGUGUGAAGCAGCUGCUGGUGCGACGAGGACUCGCCGUGUUCCUCAUGUUCAUCGUCCUCGCCGCUGGAGUCUGCAUCAGUGAGCUGCUCAUCACACUCCUCCACUUAGACUGAAGUGGCCGCUCGUUAUAACACGUGCUGUGAUUCUGCCGCGUGGCGACACAUGUAUCUUUGUAUCUUUGUAUCUUUGUGUUUAUGACUCACAAAGACUCACAGCUCACCAUUUGCUGCAGACUGAACACGGGUCUCAUUCACUUUUACAGCUAUUUUAUUGUGUUAUGAAAAAUCGAAGGAAACACAAACUGUCACCUCGUCACGUCUGUUCUCCUCCUGCAGUAUUUAGAAUCAGAAUAGAUGCCAGAAUUAGAAGUGCGAUGAUUAAAUGCUACAUUUAGGCUGCAGCACGUCUGUGGGCGUGUGCUUUCAUCACACUCAGAAAAAGCUGCUCUUCUUCUUUUUUCCUGUUGCUGUUUAUUUUUCACUUUGAUCUGAUGAUAAUCAACGGUCUGCAAAGACACGUCACACUGUGUACAAUCAACCACCUGUUCACUGACAGCAGCAGCAGCAGCAGCAGCAGCAGCAGACGCUCGCCUCAUGAUUUAAGAGCAGCUCAGUGUUUCUCCAGGCUGUGGAUUUACGUGUCGAGAUUGAUCACAUUCUCAAUAAAUAAAGAAUAGUGACUUAUUCCAA